CACCUCUGCAAGCUGAGCCUCAUGGGCAAGUGCCGCCGCGCGGCCAGCGCUUGUAACUACUGCCAUGACAUCAACACGGCUGAGAACAAAAAAAUCCUAAAGACCCAUGAGCUGUCUGGUCUCAAUGAGAAUGAGCUGAAAGUACUGCUUCUCCAAAAUGAUCCUUUCCUUCUCCCUGAUGUAUGCCAAUUUUACAACCAAGGGAAAGACACCUGCACCCAGCAAAACAACUGCAACAAGCUUCAUAUUUGCCGACACUUCCUCCGAGGGGAAUGUAGAUUUCUUCAGUGCAAGAGAUCCCACAGCCUCCUGAAUGCCCAUGAAUUGUCUAUAUUGAAAACUGGUGGGAUUGAUUUCAACACAGCUUUGAACUUCCAGACUAUAUGUGAUCACAAGCAUGUGGAAUUCAACGAGGAACUGAAGAAGGCGAAAAUAAGUUUCCUGUUCAUUCAGCCUUCUCUUGCAGGUCCCCGGAGCAGUGCACGUGGUCAGAACCAACACCAGCAGCCUACAGGAGGGGAAAAUAGUGAUGAAGAUAAAAAAGAUGAUUCCUCUGCUAAAGAUUCAAAGGACAAUAAAAUAGACAAGUGUGAUGAGAUAUGCUUGUUCUACGUCUGGAAAUACUGCAAAAAUAAAGAUAAAUGCAAACAGGUUCAUUACCAUUUGCCAUAUCGAUGGCAGGUAUAUAAUGGGAUCACCUGGAAUGAUCUUUCCAUGAUGGAGGAAAUCGAAAAAGCCUAUUGUGACCCCAAAAACAGCAGAAUAGCAGAUAAGAAUAUUAAUUUUGAGAUGAUGACUUGCGGUACUUCUUCACUUCGACGCCUUUCUACACCGUCAUCUGUGACAAAACCCACAUUUGCAUUGACCACACAGUGGAUUUGGUAUUGGAAAGAUGAUCGAGGCCAAUGGAGUGAAUAUGGAAAACAAGGAGAAGGGGGUGAGAUGACAUCACCAGCCUCUGAUAGUCUUGAGAAUUUAUAUCUAGCCGAUCAAGAUGCCACUAUACCUUUCCAGGCUGGUUGGCAUCAUUACGAGAUCAAUUUUAAAGAAAUGACCCAGACAAAUGUCCACUUCGGAGCUAAAAGAAAGGUCUGCAGACGUCCAAAGUUUGUGUCUUCUGAAGAUGUGGAGAAGAUUAAGAAAGGACAAAGGGAUUCUUCUAUUCCAAAUCAAACAUGUCCUGUCCACUGGGAUCAAUCUGCACUGCCUGAGUUGGGAUAUAAGGCAGUGGAGCUCACUAGUACAUCCUCUGAAUACAAGUUAAUACAGAAGAUGUUUGAGAAGACUAUGAAAAGACACUCUGUCCAUAGGAUAAGUAGGAUCCAGAAUCCAUCCCUCUGGAAGGUUUUUCAGUGGCAAAAGGAGCAGAUGAAGAAGGAAAAUGGAGGGAAGGAGGUAGAGGAAAGGCUCCUGUUCCACGGUGCCAAGAUCUCUUUCCUGGAAGUUAUCUGCAAUCAAAACUUUGACUGGAGGAUUUGUGGAAGCAAUGGAACAACCUACGGAAAGGCCGUAAUGUUUGUGGCUCGUGUAUUGGUUGGAGAUUUUGUUGAAGGCAAUGCAAGCUAUGUUCGUCCCCCAAGCAAAUCUGCUAGUAUGCUUCGGUUUUACGACAGCUGUGUGGACAACAAGUUAAAUCCCUCCAUUUUUGUUGUCUUUGAAAAAAAACAGAUUUACCCAGAAUAUCUCAUAGAGUAUAAGGAGGCAGAAAAGAAAUGUAUUGUGUCUUAGAGAAGGAUGAGAGCAGGCUGUAUCCCUCAUCUUAUUCUCCCUUUUACU